AUGCAGUCAGGCAGCCACGAUCAAAUGUUCCAGCCAGUGAGGGGAUGCCACCUUUCUGUCGUGAGGGGUUUUAUGCCGACGCCUUUAUCUGUCAGGAGCCUGCUUUCAACUGUCAUCAUCGAUUAUAGCGGAAGUUCUGGCCUAGCAAUACUGGCGGAUAGUACAUCACCAGAUUUUCCAUCAUCGAGCCUUCCGGAAGCUUUGAACCAUGGCAAACGAUUUAACAGACAGCCUGACAUUGGAGGAUUUGGACGUGGCGAUUGCAAAUCUGAAAAACAACUUGGAGAGCAUAACACACGACGACCCCGAUUUUUGUUCGACGGCCGCUUUGCUUGCACAUGCGCUUCGGAAGCAUUACCUUUUAUCACGACCAAAUGGGGUUUGAGUGCUCUUGAGGAGUCCAUCACCUUUCUGAGGCAAGUUAUCGAUGGUUCUUCCAUAAACGAUACCAGGAGAGCUGAGUGGCUCAUUAGCCUCGCGUUUGGCCUGAGCCUCCGUUGCGAUGUGACAGAUUCUGAAAGCGAUGCUAGAGAAGCUUCUCGGUUAUCAUUCGAGGCCUUGGGCGCCGUAGAAAAGGAUGGUCCGCCGUAUGCGACAAUCCUACAAUCCGCUUGUCAUUUCAUUGGCAAACAGGCAAUCAGACUCCACAAAGAAGAUGACUUGGAAAAGGUAUUCGAGAUGCACAAGUCCAUUAUCUCGGCCACAACCGUCGAUCAUCCCAAACUUAGAUCACGGCUGCGGAGCUACGAUAACACCUUAUUCAAAGGGUAUUUGUCAUUCAGACAUAUAGAGUGUCUGGAGGAAGCAAUUCGAGUCUCAGAGUACAUCGUCAACAUCCCAGAUCAAAGCACCGAGGACCAUGCGAGAAAUGUGUGGAUUCUCAGUCAUCGUCUUGUUCAAAGAUACGUGAGGACUGGAACAACGGCAGAUCUCGAUGAUAGUAUAAGAGCAUGCCAACAAGCUGUUGACGACACUCCAAUAAACUCGAAUGAUCGACAACGAAGACUACAGUCCCUACAAACAGGACAUGAUGAUGACUUUCAACGAGCGAUUCAUGUUGCUAGAGAGGCCAUCAAUUUGACGGCUAAGAGCGAUAUUGGGCGUGCUGUCCGACUGAGUAACCUCAGCGGAGUUUACGCCGAGGCAUAUGGCAAGACUGGAAAUACAGAGCGACUCGAAGAAGCAAUCCGAAUCGGGAGAGACACCCUCGCUGCCACGCCGGAUGGUCAUCCAGACAAAGCCCUGCGUCAUUUCAAUCUUGCAGACAGACUCCAACUUCGAUAUUCUGAGUCGAAAUCAAUCGAUGACCUCAAAGAAGCUAUUUCCUUAUAUCGACUCACCCUCCAUGAGUUUAGGGCGCCCAUGUUUCUUCGCGUUCAGGCUGGUUACUCCCUGAUGCAGGGUUGCGUCCUGAAGCGCGAUUGGAACGAGGCAUAUAAGGCUGGUGCCGAAACCAUCAAUCAUCUGUCACUCUUCAGACCGUUUUCACUGCAAAACACUGAUAUACAGCGCGAAGCCAGUAAGCUUUUAGGUCUGGGCACUGAAACAGCAUCACUUGCAUUGGAAGUGGGGAAGAGUGCAGCAACUGCCCUUCAAUCCCUUGAGUUGGCUCGAGGAGUCAUGGCAUCGUCCAUCAAUGUGCUUCGAGCUGAUAUCAGAGAUCUGGAGAGGGGUUUUCCGGAACUAGCCGGCAGGUAUAACCGUCUUCGAGAGCAACUCGACACAGGUUACGCUCCGCAAUCCGACUUUUCACUAGGCGAAGAGGUUUGGGGAAACAAGAUGACAGAAAGAUAUGAUGCAGGGGAGCAUAUUUCAUCAUUAUUAAAAGAGAUACGCUCAAAGCCAGGCUUUAAGAACUUCUCGCGGCCUGAAGAUGAGGAGCGAAUGCGAAGUGCGGCCGCCCUGGGUCCGGUGAUUGUGGUCAAUGUUGGCCCUCUUACUUGCGAUGCAAUAAUCAUUCAGCAGGAUGGUUUCAGUGCCAUUCCACUCCACGAGUUAAAUCAAUUUGAUAUCGACUCGAAGUAUCGGUCAUUAGGACGUGGAAGUCUCAAGGUUCUUGAAUGGCUUUGGGAUGCCGUUGCUGAGCCCAUACUCAAUGCCCUAGGGUUCACAGAAACACCUCGAGAGAGUGGGAUUAAAAGAGUUUGGUGCGUUUUGACUGGCUCUUUGAGUACGUUUCCUAUCCAUGCUGCGGGGCGUCACAGUCAGCGAAACGGUGAGACGAUCAUGGACAGAAUCAUGUCGUCGUACGCCACCUCAGUAUCAGCUAUUGUGCAAAGUCGGAGGACGGCGCCUGUUUCUAACAACGAGGCACUAUUGGUGUCUGCUGGCGAAACGCCUGGUCACCGAAGAUUGGCAUUUGCAGAUAGAGAAGUCAAUGUGCUGCGAGAUAUCUGUCGCCAAAUGAAGCUCGAGCCUGUCGAGCCUGAGCCUAUUAGAGAAGAUGUGUUGUCACAUCUGCGAAAGUGCAAGAUCUUCCACUUCGCAGGGCACGGAUACACUGAUACAGCUGAUCCUUCCAAAAGCCAGCUAUACCUUAGGGACUGGCAGACAGAGCCUCUUACAGUCGCAAGCCUCCCCGAGCUCAACCUUCAUCGGGAGAGUCCCUUCCUUGCGUAUUUAUCUGCCUGCGGUACAGGACAGAUCAAAAGUGAAAAGCUCUUUGAUGAAGAUAUCCAUCUUAUUAGCGCAUGUCAAUUAGCAGGCUUUCGGCAUGUCAUCGGGACUCUGUGGGAGGUCAACGAUCAGUCUUGUGUUGAUAUGGCUGCUAUUAUAUAUGAGGAAAUUCUUAGGGGAGACAUGUCGGAUGAGUCUGUGUGCCGCGGUGUUCAUGUAGCUACGAAACAGAAGAGAGAUCAGUGGCUUGAUGAGACCUAUGGUGCUGAGAAGGGGUCAAGAAAGCAGAAGGGGGAAGCAGGUGUCGAAAGAGAUAUCAUCUCCCUUGAAGAAGACGAUGGACAAGGUAUUUCAGGUAUCGGGAAUGGUCCAUUGCACUGGGUUCCAUAUGUGCAUUUUGGUGCAUGA